AAUGAAGCACAUAAGAGCAGUCAGAGGGACAGAGAUCAGGAGAGAGUCAGGUCUGUAACUCAGCAGCGGUUCAGGACUCAACUUCUCCUCACAGGACUGAAAGGGUCAGGGUUCGAUCCCUUCACAUUGAGCUCAGGACCAGACACGAAAACACUCAUACGUGAUGAAUCCUGCCGCUCAGCCGCUCCCGGUUCAGGAUGUUCAGGGUGAUUCUCGCUGGAUCUCACAGCAUGAGCGUUUUGUGCAGGAGUGUAAGGACGCUGAACCAGACGUUCUGUUUAUCGGAGACUCUAUGGUUCAGCUGAUGCAGCAACACGAGGUCUGGAGGGAUCUGUUCUCUCCGCUGCACGCGCUCAACUUCGGUCUGGCCGCAGACACCACCUGCAACGUUCUCUGGAGGAUCCAGAACGGAGAGCUGCAGAACAUCCAGCCGAAGGUGGUGGUUUUGUGGGUUGGCACCAACAAUCACCAGCAUACAGCAGAGCAGGUGUCAGGAGGAGUGACGGCCAUCACACACACACUCAUCUCACAGCUCCCUCGAGCCAAGAUCAUCGUGCUGGGUCUUCUUCCUCGUGGAGAGCAUCAGAACCCGUUGCGUGAGAAGAACGCGGCAGUGAAUGAGUUAUUGCGCUCGUCAGUACCUCAGCUCGGUCCGGCUCAGUUUCUGGACCUCAGCUCUGAGUUCAUCCAAUCAGACGGAAGCAUCUCAAAACAUGACAUGUUCGACUUCCUGCAUCUGACAGCCGCUGGAUAUCAGACCCUCAGCAAACCUCUCCACGACCUUCUGCUGCAGACUCUGGAGGAAACCACAGCUACUACAUAGGCGUCUGUCAACACACACACACACACAGACAGACACACACACACAGACACACACACACACACACACACACACACACACACACACACACACAGACACACACACACACACACACACACACACACACACACAGACACACACACACACACACACACACACACACACACACACAGACACACACACACACACACACAGACACAGACACACACACACACACACUCUCUCUCUUUUCCUCUCAGUUUGAGUCAUUACUAUUAUUUGUUUGAUUGUGAUUGUUUUAAACAUAAUUUUGCCAAAGCACUAAUACAAAUAUAUCCUUAAAAUAUUCUUACUGUAAUAAAUAUACAUACCACUGUCAAUCAUAAAAAAAAUGUAAAAAAAUGUGUGUACUGUGUGUGUUUAUUAUGUAUAUAUAACUACACAUGUAUGUGUGUGUAAUUAUUUUAAACAUAAUGAAUGUGUGUGUGUUUAUAUACACAUUAAAAUGCAAAUUACACAAACAUGUAAACCAAAGCAUUUGUUUUGGGUGUGAUUAAUCUGACAAUAUUAGGCUCUAUCAUAAUCCUCAUAAACACAUUUUUACACAUGAGAACUGUAUUAGUGGUUAGUAUCAGAUUCAUGUGAAGUCACUGCUUUUAUCAGAAGAAUCAGUGAAAACACCUGCAGCAGUCGUUUUAGUUUUAUUAUGCUUUUAAACAUAACAGAGAUACCAUUUAAAAGCAUAACAUUUUGUUGAUAUAUUUUGUAUAUUGUAUGCAAUUUAUAAAUAGCACCAGAACACACAAAAAAGUGCAAUACUUUGCUCAAGUGAAUCUUGUUUCAGCUCAGCCGUAAACAAA